AAAAUUUUAUUUUACAAAAAACACAUGUUUUAUAUGUUAUGUAAAUUGCCAAAUAUCAAAUAGUUUAUUCUAUUUCACUUUCUAGGGAAAAAAAAAACAACUGCUCCAAAAGAAUGUGUUUUUCUCCCAUUCUGGAAAUCAACAUGCAGUCUGAAUCUAACAUUACAGUGCGAGAUGACAUUGAUGACAUCAACACCAAUAUGUACCAAUCACUAUCAUAUCCAUUAAGCUUUCAAGUGUCUCUCACCGGAUUUCUUAUGUUAGAAAUUGUGUUGGGACUUGGCAGCAACCUCACCGUACUGGUACUUUACUGCAUGAAAUCCAACUUAAUCAACUCCGUCAGUAACAUUAUUACAAUGAAUCUUCAUGUACUUGAUGUAAUAAUUUGUGUGGGAUGUAUUCCUCUAACUAUAGUUAUCCUUCUGCUUUCACUGGAGAGUAACACUGCUCUCAUCUGCUGUUUCCAUGAGGCUUGUGUAUCUUUUGCAAGUGUCUCAACAGCAAUCAACGUGUUCGCUAUCACUUUGGACAGAUACGACAUCUCUGUAAAACCAGCAAACCGAAUUUUGACAAUGGGCAGAGCUGUAAUGUUAAUGACAUCCAUUUGGAUAUUUUCUUUUUUCUCUUUCCUGAUUCCCUUUAUUGAGGUAAACUUUUUCAGUCUUCAAAGUGGAAAUACGUGGGAAAACAAGACGCUUUUGUGUGUUAGUACAAAUGAAUACUAUACCGAACUGGGAAUGUAUUACCACCUGCUAGUUCAGAUUCCAAUAUUCUUUUUCACCGUUAUAGUAAUGUUAAUCACAUACAGCAAAAUACUUCAGGCUCUUAAUAUUCGAAUAGGCACAAGAUUUUCCACAGGGCAGAAGAAGAAAGCAAGAAAGAAAAAGACAAUUUCUCUAACCACACAACAUGAGGCUACAGACAUGUCACAAAGCAGUGGUGGGAGAAAUGUAGUCUUUGGUGUAAGAACUUCAGUUUCUGUAAUAAUUGCCCUCCGGCGAGCUGUGAAAAGACACCGGGAACGACGAGAAAGGCAAAAGAGAGUCUUCAGAAUGUCUUUAUUGAUUAUUUCUACAUUUCUUCUCUGCUGGACACCAAUUUCUGUUUUAAAUACCACCAUUUUAUGUUUAGGCCCAAGUGACCUUUUAGUAAAAUUAAGAUUGUGUUUCCUAGUCAUGGCUUAUGGAACAACUAUAUUUCACCCUCUAUUAUAUGCAUUCACUAGACAAAAAUUCCAAAAGGUCUUGAAAAGUAAAAUGAAAAAGCGAGUUGUUUCCAUAGUGGAAGCUGAUCCCAUGCCUAAUAAUGCUGUAAUACAUAACUCUUGGAUAGAUCCUAAACGAAACAAAAAACUUACAUUUGAAGAUAGUGAAAUAAGAGAAAAAUGUUUAGUACCUCAGGUUGUCACAGACUAGGAAAAGUCUAGGUUUCACCAAAUCCACAUCCAGGAGAUUUUAAAUUUAAUUUGUACAAAAUGAAAUUACUGCCAAAUAUAAGAAAACACAUUUUAAGUAUUA